GCCGGCGGCUGGAGGCACUUCCGGGGCGGAUUCCGGCAGCGGGGGAGCGACUCCUCGGUGACGGUUUGAACAAUGGCAAAUAUGGAAGCUCUUGUACAAAGGCUGGAGAAAGCUGUGCUGCGGUUGGAGACAAUAGGGUCGUCUGCUGGAAGUGAACUUGGUUUUUCUGAUGUGUCUUCUCCUUAUGUUGAGGCAUUUGAUGAAAUUCUCGCUGGGCCAGUGGCUACAUAUUAUAAAAUAAGCAAAGAACUUGGAGGAGAUGUUGAGAAACAUGCUGAUAUGGUGAAUGAAGCUCUGAAGUUCCAGAGAGGAUUCCUGGUAACGGCUUCCCAGUGUCAGCAGCCUCCACAGGCUGAGUUGACCCAACUGCUUCAGCCACUGUCCAGUAAAAUUAUGCAGAUUCAAGAAUUCAGAGAAAAAAACCGUGGAAGCAGUCAAUUUAAUCAUCUAUCAGCAAUAAGCGAGAGCAUUCCUGGCCUUGGAUGGUUGGCAGUGGCUCCAAAACCUGGUCCUUAUGUUAAAGAGAUGAUGGAUGCUGCUAUGUUUUACACCAAUCGGAUUCUGAAGGAGUACAAAGACACGGAUAAAAAGCAUGUAGAAUGGGUCAAGGCCUAUAUUAGCUUCUGGACUGAACUGCAGGCUUACAUCAAAGCAAACCACACCACAGGGCUUUUAUGGAACAAAAAUGGUCGGAUAGCGUCGGCCUCUUGUUCUGCCCCAGCUUCAGGAGGAACUCCUCCUCCCCCUCCGGGACCACCACCACCGUCCGUUCCAUCCCCAGCUUCUAAAGAUGACUCAGCUGUUUCGCGAUCAGCUCUAUUUGCUGAGCUUAACAAGGGAACCGAUAUUACUAGUAGGCUGAAGCAUGUCCCGGACAGUAACAAAACCCACAAGAAUCCUGCGUUAAGAAGUGCAGGUGGAACUUCCGUAUCUGGACCAAAGCCAUUCAAAGCAGCUUCUCCGACAGUGAAGCCAGCAAAUAAGAAAGGGCCACCCGUGCUAGAACUGCAAGGGAAGAAAUGGAUGGUGGAAAACCAAGAGAAUGCCAGUAACCUGGUUAUUCAAGACACUGAACUGAAGCAGGUUGUGUAUGUUUACAAGUGUGCCCACUCCACUGUUACUGUCAAAGGGAAGAUCAACUCCAUCACCGUCGAUAACUGUAAAAAAUUGGGCCUUGUUUUUGAUGAUGUUGUUGGAAUUGUGGAAGUAAUAAAUUCCAGGGAUGUGAAAAUCCAGGUGUUGGGUAAAGUGCCAACUAUAUCAGUCAAUAAGACUGAUGGGUGCCAUAUCUACCUUAGUAAGGAUUCUCUCUCUUGUGAGGUUAUCAGUGCCAAGUCCUCUGAGAUGAACAUCUUGAUUCCUGAAAAGGAUGAUUUUGUGGAAUGCCCUGUUCCAGAACAAUUCAAGACCGUCUGGAAUGGAGAGAAACUGGUGACCACAGUAACUGAAAUAAGUGGUUAAAUGUAUGGAUCCUGGGGACUUGAACCCACAAGCAUGGUCUUAAUGAUGUUGCUAAUCAUGAGCCUGAUUAAUCUGUAGAAGCAACAAGCUAACUUUCUGCACAGUCUACUUAGUUUUCGUCCUAUAACUCCAUAUGAGAGGUACUUAUUCUGAUACACGUUAUACCUCAUGACUGGAAUUACCCUCUCCAGUAUAAUAAUGGCCUAAGGCAGCUGCGAUAAAGCAUAAUGACUGCUGUCCAGAACAAUCUAGCAAUGCAAAUAUUUGUGAAUCUAUGAGAGUAGAACAGUGUGGAGAGGGAAAUGAUUGGGAAAAGAUUUUUGAGUAAGUAUAGUGUACCAAAUGUAGUUUACUAGAGACAAACAUUGCUGAGCUCUUAAUUGGCGAAGGGAGGAAGGACUUUUUUAAAUCUCUGUCUUAAAAAAAUCAUUUCUUAAAAAAAAAAAUUUGUAAUGUAUGCAUACCAGACUAAUCUUAAGCCCUGCUAAAUAGGCAUAGAUGAGUUAUAAUAUGCAAUUACAAUUUUCUUUUUAGUUUCUACUUUGUGCCUCUUCUUUGAUUAAUUAGGCUUUGGGACUGCUUUGUGGAAGAUCCGUUGCUUUUGACUUCAAGUGAAAUUCUAUUCACUGCACUAGUAGGAUUGUUUUUUAUCCUUUGAAGCUAUAUAUAGUCCAAUGUGCACACUGUAACCUAUUCAUGGGUAAGAACUUCCCUCCAUGAACCAGAUCAAAAUUUAUGUGAAAGGCCGAGAUCCUGAAUUUAUUUUUGUGCGGAUAUUUCUCCAGUUUUGUGAUUUAGACUUGAAAUCCUUAAAAUAAUAAGUCUAAUUACUUGUGGGUACGGGUGGGUUACUUUAAGGUAACUCUUAGACAUUCCAUGGUUUCAAAACCAAAUGAGGCUUUCCUGUCAAAAUGCAAAUUGCAUUGUUUCUUUCAAUUUUUAGUCAUAGUCACUUCUCAGAUUACACUUUGACAAUUUGAUUGGACAGGGUUUUAUUUCUAGCAUAGUCAUGGGCUAAAGUUGGGAUCCUGAAGCGGUUUCUCCUCUGACUCAACAUAAUUUUAAGAUAAUAAAACUUCAUUCAUCUUUUCUCAGGGUCUAGUUCCUGCUGAUUAGGGUAAAAAAAAAUCUAAUAAUGUAUCUUCAUUUUGAACAUUCAAGAGUUCUGAUGGCAGAUGUUUUGGGGUUUAAAGUUCUGUCUAAAAACUAUCCUAUUGCCCACUGUUCCUCUCUAGAGUGUUAAGUAAUCUGGUUUUCAGUAGAUAAAUAAAACUAUAUUUUCUGGUUAUUAACAUUUCAGCACUGGCUGCACAACAUACGGUCACUUUUCUUUUUCAAUUCAAUAUGUUUUACCGGUAUACAGAUUUUAAAAAAUAUUGCCAGAUUUCCUUUAGUGCUUCAGUUUAAUAUUCUGUGAUUGGCUCUAGAUGCAUUAUUCUUAAUUUUAGCUAUGUUUCAAGAAUAUCUGUGUAUUAAUGGCUGGGGAAGUAAUUGGGGCCUUACAUGGUGUAUAUUAAUUUCUGAGUGGACCACUGUGAUUAUGGUGUGUUGUAUGAUUUCUGUGGGGUUAUUUUGCAGUCGUAGUACAGGUUUGCAAAUUUAUAGUUGUGGGAAUUUACCAGACGGUGAAUAUGGGAGAUGAUGCAUGGCUACAGUUGGAUUGUGACGCUGCUACAGUAAUUUAUAUAAAGACUGUAGCAGGUAAAAAAAGGUUAAUGUAAUUGCCCCUGAACUGGUUGCCAUUUGUUUGAGAUUAUGCAAUCGACGUAUUACAUUUAAAGUGAACUUGCUCAGAAGAAUAUUCUUGUUCACGAAACGAGUUAUGGCCCCUCCAUCAUGCAGAAUAUUAUGAGCAGAUUGAUGUUAACGGCCUUUCUUUGCUGUAUUGUAUGUUCUAAACCUGAUAUCAAUGUCCUCAUAACAGUUUGACAAGUUUGUUAUGUACAAGAGGGAUCAAACUCAGUUCUUGCUACUUAUGGUUACCAGGCUAUCUGAAAUACAUCAGGAAUUAAACUACAAAAUAAAAUUUGCCAACUCGCUUAUAAAUUUUCA